AUUGGAAAUUGUUUCUUUGUAUCAGCUGAUUCUGUCGCUCAUAGUAAACACAUCAUCUGACGGAAUCCUCCCAUCGCCAAGUACCUCGAUUGCACCAAUUUAGCGUUGUCGAACUUCUAAUUAAUCCUGCUAGUCCAAUGGUGAAUUCUAGGGGCAUCCCAAGCCACUAUACCGCACAAUGGAAGGCCGGUCCUAUUACUCGAACUUCAAGCGACAAUAGGAUAAUUACUAGGCCCCAAAGGUCGGAUAACAAUCAAUUAAGGUACUGCUCCUCUUGCAAUAAGUGCAGGAAGUCAAGAGUGAGGUGUACAGGAGGAAGUCCCUGCCAGCGUUGCGCUGAAUCCCUGGAUCCUUCGUUAUGCGUCUACAGCGUCUCUCAGCGCCAUGGGAGGCGCAAAGCCAGCGCUAGAGGCCUGGAGGGUUUCGCUCAGCAUGUUAAUCCCCAACAAGUGCUGCAGUCCAGCGCUUCAUCUAGUGACCCUUCACUACAGGACGGCCAAUCUGAUGGUGGUAACGACACAUUUCAAGCCGUUUUAGACGGGCCCUGGAGCCUUGUAGCCGCCGAUACAGAGGUGCUUGCUCCCGUGUCAGUGCUCGAAGCAUCUCCCCAAUUCAACUCCAGCACCCCUCAGCCCACUGAAGCUCUGGAUAUCCUUGCAUUACAAGAACCGCUUGCGAGUCCGUUCCAACUUAACCUAGGCGCCGACUUGGCCCAUCAUAACUAUUCAUGUAACUGUUCUUUUUCAAACCAAACAUAUAUCGAUCGUAUGCUUUCUGCUAUCAACGAACCUCAAGGCAUCGGUUUGGACGAGAUCUUACAAAUAUUCCAAGAUAUUUCAACUCACUCGGCGAACUAUUUCAACUGUACACAAUGCGACGAAUGCCCACGCCUAAUUAACAUUUCCAUGCUACACCAACGUCAGGUUAGGUUAUUAUGCACCAUAGCAAAAAACCCGACCACUUACCUCCAACAUCCUAAUGGCAAAGCAGUUCGCCUAACGUUUGGAUCCUUUCAACUAUCUGAACGCGAUGAUUUAGAUCAUAAACGUCUUCUCAUUCUAACGGCUGCGCGGAAUGUCGAUUCGCUUGUUUCGAGUUUUAACGAUAACAUCAGUCGCCAUCAAAGCAAAACAGCUCAGUCCUCGUCAGGCACUACAGAGGCUGCUGAACUCACCUUCAAAUGGCUAUCAGAUAUUGCCAGAAACCUCAAAAGUCGCCUCAAAGUGAUCGCAUCGAUCGUCAAAGAGCCGGAUUGGGUCCUUGCUGCUGGUUAGUGUUACCGUUAGGCCCCGCGUUGUCACGGAUUGGUCUCUGAUUCCGAUAAACGUUUUAC